AUGUCCGCCGCCGUCGCUCCUUUUCCCCCCUUUCAUGAAGGGAAUAUAAAGAACUGGUUCUUACAAAUGGAAGCCAUUUUCACAGUCAGAAGGAUUACAGACCAAAAGACCAAGUUUGGCCACGUGGUGGCGGUUUUGCCACCCGCCAUUGUCGAUGAGGUCUCAGACUUCCUAGAAGCCGUUCCUGAAGUAGAACCCUACGCGCGCUUAUUACUGCAUCAAGCCGUGUACUUAUACUGCGGUCGCGGAAAACAAAACCGCCAGCGAGUGAAAGCGACUAAUCUCGCUGGCAAGGCAUUUUCACCAAAACUUAGUCGCCUUUUUUAUGUGACGGACACACGUAAUAAUUUACGUUUUUUGGUUGAUACCGGCGCUGCCAUUAGUGUCUUACCCGUGCGUGAUAAAGCUCGUCAACAACCUUUUCAGCUCCGCUUACAAGCAGCCAAUGGUUCCAGUAUUAAUACUUACGGUACGAAGUCCCUUACCCUAAACAUAGGGAUGCGACGAGACUUUACUUGGAAUUUUACUGUUGCUGACGUCCAGAUGCCGAUAUUAGGUGCAGAUUUCCUGGCGCACUAUGAUCUCGCCGUGCGAAUGAACAACCAUUCCCUGACUGACAACUUAACAAGACUGUGUGUUCUUGGCACUUAUUCUAAACUUACCACCACUGGCAUCACCGUGGCAACGUGCCACAAUAAAGAGUACUUAGAUUUAUUGAAUCAGUACCAGGACCUCAUGCGUCCUGCUGGAUCUAUUGAUUCAACUAAACAUCAAACACAGCACUUUAUUAAGACCACUGGUCAACCUGUUUUUUCCCGUCCUCGUCGUCUAGCACCUAACAAAUUAAAAUUCGCAAAGAAAGCUUUCGACGACAUGCUACGAGAGGGCGUUAUUCGUCCGUCCGACAGUCCUUACGCUUCCCCUCUUCAUUUGGUACCUAAACCAGGAAAGGAAGACUAUAGAAUUUGUGUGGAUUAUAGAAGGUUGAAUUCCAUCACCGUCCGGGAUCGUUAUCCAAUCCCCCACCUCCACGAUUUCACUUCUGCUGUGACCACACCACCAGUUUCUUCCUCUUUUAUUCAGGACUUACGCUUUAAAAUGGCAAACUUAUGCUAUACACCACCGCGGCACUGCCCGAGUGAUAUCUAUUUACCGUUCCAGCUCAAGGACUGCGAAUAUGUAUUUGUACGUAAUGACUCUGUUAAGCGGCCUCUUACGCCGGCCUACACAGGCCCAUACCGCGUUCUUAAACGCGCGGACAAAUAUUUCCAAAUACAAAAAGGUAUUCACACCGACAACGUUUCAAUAGAUCGGUUGAAACCUGCCUUUAUAGAGAAACCGUCGUCUCAUGCUACUUCCCAAUCAACUCCGCAAGUUCAGGAGAAUUUUAAGACACCUGUUUCUCUCGACAAGCCUAAGUGUACCAGCUCCGGUCGAAGAGUCACCUUUCCAAAGAAAUUUGAAACAUUCUACUAUUAUUAG